GCCCAAUUAUGCUUCUUGCCCGCACAAGAACACAACAACAGCAACAACUUAAGCUGGCUGUGUUUGUUUCUUUUCUUUUCUUUUCUUCAACUCUAUUACUUGGUCUCUCUCUGAAACCCGCAAGACACGUUCACACCACACCCAGUUUCGAUCUUAAAUAUAUCAAGUUACAUCAAUUAAGGUUGUUUGCUUCAUUUGGCUUCCUAUUUGGUUGGUGAGCUGACCCUGCAAGCCGUGCAGAGACUUCAAUCGGAGUCUUUCUCUUCGUGCAAUGGCUUAAGUGGGUCAUCUCUUCUCAGAAUCUGGAUGCCAAAAACAAAGGUAAAAAAGGGAAUUUCUCAUUUUGUUGGGCUCACAGAAGCUGAAGCUUUUUGGGAUCAAACUAUAUCUGUUUGAACUUAGUGUAGUUGCGGUCAGGUUCCAAUGAAGUGUUUUGCAUUUUACUUUGGGGAGAGGAAGGCUGGUCCCAAGGGCUUGCAGUCAUUGUCGGGUCGGUCCAACAGUUCUACAUAUGUUGAGGCUGAGAUGAGAAGAUCUGGUUCUGAAUUGAACUCUAUGGAUGCCUCGGACAACAGCACAGAUUCCCAAAGGAGAAGUGCAUUUCCCAGUUUGUCCCAAAGACCCAGCAACCUCAGAGUAUUUACAGUAUCUGAGCUAAAAACUGCCACAAAGAAUUUUAGUCGCUCUGUCAUGCUUGGAGAGGGUGGUUUUGGGUGUGUAUACAAGGGGUUGCUCAAGAGUGUAGAUGAUCCUUCCACAAAAAUUGAAGUUGCGGUUAAACAGCUUGGUAGAAGAGGAAUUCAGGGGCAUAAAGAAUGGGUAACAGAAGUGAAUGUUCUGGGUAUUGUGGAGCAUCCCAAUCUGGUGAAACUAGUGGGAUACUGUGCUGAUGAUGAUGAAAGAGGAAUCCAGCGGCUUCUGAUUUAUGAAUAUAUGCCAAAUAGAAGUGUGGAACACCAUUUAUCACCACGAUCAGAAACUCCUCUCCCAUGGAUUAGAAGAUUGAAAAUAGCUCAAGAUGCGGCUCGUGGCUUAACAUACCUGCAUGAGGGAAUGGAUUUUCAGAUAAUUUUCAGAGAUUUCAAAGCUUCAAAUAUCCUUUUGGACGAGCAGUGGAAUGCAAAACUGUCAGACUUUGGGCUAGCAAGAUUGGGACCAUCUGAUGGGUUAACUCAUGUCUCAACGGCGGUUGUAGGUACAAUGGGUUAUGCAGCUCCUGAAUAUGUUCAAACUGGACGUCUCACAUCAAAGAGUGAUGUAUGGAGCUAUGGUGUCUUCCUCUAUGAACUCAUUACUGGAAGGCGCCCUAUCGAUCGAAAUCGCCCCAAGGGUGAGCAGAAGCUGUUGGAAUGGGUAAGGCCAUACCUUUCAGAUGGGAGGAAAUUUCAAAUAAUAUUGGAUCCAAGACUUGAGAGAAAACACCUCUUCAAGUCAGCACAAAAACUUGCUAUAAUAGCCAACAGAUGUUUGGUCAGAAACCCAAAGAAUCGCCCAAAGAUGAGUGAAGUGUUGGAAAUGGUGACUCGGAUUGUGGAGUCUUCAGCGAGUACUAAUCCACAGCCACCCUUGAAGAGUGUAGUAGCCUCAGCAGAAGAUUCUCAGGGCACUGAAAUAAAGAACAAGAAAAUUACCAUGGAUGAAAAAACAGAUUGUAAUUGGUUAAGGAUGUGGAGGCCAAAGCUUUUGAGAGCAUGUAGAUUGUAGAUUGUUGUAGCUAUAAACUGAUCAAAGCUAUGAAUUGGAGACGAAGUUUCUUUAUGACAAGAAUUAUCUAUUGUUACCAUACUUGGACACCACAAAGAGAAGCUCAUCUUAAUGUUGUCACCGGAAAGGAAUGUCAAACCUCUUCAUCUCCCCUAACAAUGUGUACAAACUUCUUGUGCUACUUACGGGUGCUUCUAGCUUAUCAAGCUAUUCAAUGAAAAUUUUAGAGAUGUAUUAAGGUAAGUAAGAGGAAUGAAUUGUGUAUUUCAAGGUAUUGGUUGAAUUUUCUAUGAUAUGCUUUCUAUGUUGAUGAGCCGGAUGCAUCUCGAUGCUCUAGAUCUUAGAGAAGCCACGAUUCUGAGAAGUGGAAAUUAAUCACUCAAAUGGAUGUAAAAUAGUUCUUUUGUAAAUUAUAUAUCUUUGCAUGCAUAUUGCAAUUUUUUGUUUUUGAUUUUUGUUUGAUAAAGAAGUAUAAUUCUUAUACUUCUUUCCAACCGAGUCAAAUCCUAUAAAAGUAAAGUGACAUCU